AAUUGGUUGGAAGAUAGAUCAUGUUGCUGCUGCGCCGGUCGAAGCAUGCAACGCCGAGUAGGACUUGGCCCUGUGGACAGGAUCUGUGCAAACUGGUCCAUUCGGAUGCGCCACAAGUGGACGACCACGGCCACGGCCGCUUUGCUCGCAUCGCCAACUAUAUCCGAUACCCCAACCACUUUCCCAUCACGAUGACGGUCAAGGAAUUCAACGCCAAGUACAUCGAUUUGCCGUCAAAGGCGCGCGAAACGGAAGAUGCAGUGUCGCUUGCUGGACGAGUUACGUCGAUUCGAUCCGCGAGCAAGAAGUUGGCGUUUUUGGACAUUUCCAACAACGGCCAUGGGGUGCAAGUAUUGGCCGAGAAAAAAUACUUUCAAAGCAGCGAUGGCGAUGCCGACUUUGAGAACGUUCACGAGUCGCUUCGUCGUGGAGAUAUCAUCGGUGGAUUUGCGUGAUGCAAUCGACCUCACGACAUGGUGCGACAGGAAUCCACGGAUUUCCCGGCAAGUCUGGCAAGGGCGAGCUCAGCAUCAUUCCGCGCGAGAUUGUUGUGCUGUCUCCGUGCGUAUCAGCAAUUCCCAAUUCAAAGUACGGCAUCAAAGAUCCCGACAUUCGAUUUCGUCAAAAGUACCUCGAUCUCCUGACAAAUCCCGGCGUGCGCGAUAUAUUUGAGACCCGCGCCAAGGUAAUCCGGCAUAUUCGUCGGUACUUGGAGGACAAGGACUUUAUCGAAGUGGAAACUCCGAUUCUGUCCACGUCUGCAGGUGGCGCAGCCGCCAAGCCAUUCAAGACAGACUCGCGCGCGCUCAAUACGAAUUUGUUCUUGCGCAUUGCCCCCGAGCUGUACUUGAAGCAACUCGUGAUCGGAGGCAUGGAUCGUGUGUUCGAAAUUGGCAAAGUGUUUCGAAACGAAGGCGUCGAUCCGUCGCACAACCCCGAGUUUACCAUGUGCGAGUUUUAUCAAGCGUACGCCGACUACAACGACUUCAUGGCGAUGGCGGAAGAUAUGCUGUCCGGUUUGGUUUUGUCCGUCAACAAGUCGUAUAUCGUGCCCACGGAGCACGGCGAGAUCGACUUUACGCCACCGUUCAAGCGCAUUUCCAUCGUUCGUGGAAUUGAAGCAGCUAUCGACGAAACACUGCCGUCGAUGACCGACCCCAACCUCAUCUCGAAACUACUCGACAUUUGCCAUCGCCACAAUAUUUCGUGUCCCGCUCCCCACACCGCCCCUCGCAUCCUGGACUGCCUCGUGGGCGAGUUCCUCGAGCCGCAGUGCAAAAACCCCACGUUCUUGACGGACCACCCGGCGUUGCUGAGCCCGCUCGCCAAGGCCCAUCGCGACAACGCCGACCUCACCGAACGGUUUGAGCUGUUCGUGGCCGGGAAAGAGCUGUGCAAUGCGUACACUGAGCUGAACGAUCCGGACGAGCAGCGCCUGCGCUUCCAGUCCCAACUGGCAGAUCGCGACCUCGGCGACCAGGAAGCCCACGAGAAAGACGAGGCAUUUUGCACCGCGUUGGAGUACGGUUUGCCUCCGACCGCUGGGUUUGGCAUCGGCGUCGACCGUCUCGUCAUGCUCUUGGCCCGAGUGGCCCAUAUUCGAGAAGUCAUUUUGUUCCCGACCAUGAAGCCCGACCAGCACGCGUCGUCGGCCUAGCGCAUCCGAAUGAACCUCCCGCAAUGGCCGCCUAUCGGUCGCGCCGACCGACGUCCACAGAGAGCCACAUCGCCGACUCCACAUAAACGAAUCCAUCCUAUGCGCAUCCCCAGUCAUGCCGUACUUGAUAGCCGCAUUGCGCCACGAGCAAAGCACGACAUGAAUCUUUCAUUUUCGUCAUGUGGCAAA